GAUUAAAACAGAGUGGAAGAGUCAUCAGAAACACUGAAGUGAAGCUCCAAAAAUGGAGCUAGCUCUACACACGUCUGCAACUCUCCCCAGAGAUAAUUCCCUCACCCAUUACACCAAUCCCAAAUUCCCCACUACCCAACACCACCACAACACUCGUUUUCCUCGUUCCACUAGAAAACCCAACUUCCAGGCCAGAAUUCCAACAACAAUAACCACCUGGAAACUUUCGUCCGCCACAAAACCACCGCUCAGGGUCAGCGAACAAGAAGAAGAUGAAGACUCGGAGUACUCUUAUUCCGACGAAGACUCGUCGCUUUUGUCCCUGAGUGAGAAGCCUGACAGAAACAUGGCUAUGCUUGAUGACUACGAGAUAGAGGAGCUUGACUAUGCUACUGACCCUAACCAUAGGAGUGGGUAUGUGGCUGUUCUGGGGAAGCCCAAUGUGGGAAAGAGUACUCUUUCAAACCAAAUGGUUGGUCAGAAAUUGUCAAUUGUUACUGAUAAGCCUCAAACUACAAGGCAUAGAAUUCUUGGUAUAUGUUCUGGCUCAGACUAUCAGAUGAUACUUUAUGACACACCGGGUGUUAUUGAGAAGAAAAUGCACAAGUUGGAUACUAUGAUGAUGAAGAAUGUUCGCAGCGCCGUUAUUAAUGCGGAUUGUGUACUUGUUCUUGUUGAUGCAUGUAAAGUGCCUGAAAAUAUUAAUGAAGUGGUGGAAGAAGGUGUGGGUAACCAGACAGAUAGCCUGCCGCCUACUUUGCUGGUCAUGAAUAAGAAAGAUUUGAUUAAGCCAGGUGAAAUUGCAAAGAAACUAGAGUGGUAUGAGAAGUUUACAAAUGUUGAUGAGGUCAUACCAGUGAGUGCCAAACACGGUCAGGGAGUGGAAGACGUGAAGCAGUGGAUAUUGUCAAAACUUCCCUUCGGCCCAGCUUAUUAUCCAAAGGACAUCGUAAGUGAGCACCCAGAAAGAUUUUUUGUAUCAGAGAUUGUGAGAGAAAAGAUCUUUAUGCAAUACAGGAAAGAGAUUCCUUAUGCAUGUCAGGUGAAUGUUGUGAGCUACAAAACUAGGCCAGCAGCAAAAGAUUUUAUACAAGUGGAAAUCGUUGUUGAGAAAAAUUCACAGAAAAUCAUCCUUAUUGGAAAAGAUGGGAGAGCUUUGAAACUACUUGCAACUGCAUCGCGGCUUGACAUAGAAGAUUUCUUACAGAAGAAAGUUUUUCUAGAGGUCGAGGUGAAGGUUAAAGAGAACUGGCGGCAAGAUGAAGGGCUCUUGAAGAAUUAUGGCUAUGGGGGUCAAAUUCAAACAUUAUGAUACUUGUUCAUAGCUAUUGGAGAACCCAAGUGAGGAUGGCUGUACCAUUUGAAGUUACAUGAUUGUAUGUUUUCUCUAAAAAUUGGUUUGAUGCUGUUGAUUAACGCACAUAUAUGCUUUCAUUUCUUUCUGUUAGUGAAGUAGGAAAUAGUUGUAAUCUCACUUGUAAGCAUGGCAUUUUCCCAAGGCCAAGGUUUUGUAAUUGUAAGAACGUGGGAUGCUUCAGAUAGUUGGGCAGUAUCACUUUCAGUGCAUGCCACAUAUCUCAAGCAUGUCAAUAUCUGCAGAUGGCUCCAAUUAAAAUGUCGGGUCAUAUAGUAAAUGAGUGCCAAAAAAGUUUGUAUCCUCA